AGAUCCAUAAAGCGCACUCUGUCCCACCGCUACACAACUUGCUCUCGUACUCAGCCCCAGCCUCCCAAGGCCAGCGGCUCUGCCCCCCUGGGACAGUUAAACUCGUCCGCGGACUUGCGUAGUGGGCCAGGGGCGUGGGACAGAGGAGAUAUCAAGGUCCGUUAUCCCUCCGGAGGUUGACAGGCACCAAGGGCCACGCAACUACGCGACACACAGGCAAGGGAGGAACCUGAAGCUAAGCAUACUGCCGGUGAGUUGCGAGGUGCCCAGGUCCCCUCAGGGGGCCGACCAUAGAGCUUUCAGACCUCCAAGAUUCCUAGAGAGCUUCCGGAAGUGCCUUUGGGGCAAGAUGCAUGUCGGACGGUGUUGUACCUCUGCAGGUUUGGAAGUUAGGGCUUGGAGGGGUCUGAUUUGAGUACGGUUAUCUCCCUCCCUUUCUCCACGCGCUCUGUCUAGGUCUGUCCACCCUUCGCAGCUUUCCUAUCUCUGGCCACCUCUGGAGCUCACGAAGUACCAUUGGAAAGCUAUUCUUUAAGAAGAUAAAGAAGGUGGUAGAAAGAAGCCUCCUGAGUUUUUCUGGCCUUAAAUGGCUGCAGAAUCAAGAAAGCCUUCAGCCCAAUCCCUACCUGACCAAGCACCUGAAGAGGACCUUGUAAUUGUCAAGGUAGAGGAAGAUCAUGGUUGGGAUCAGGAAUCUAAUCUUCAUGAUAAUAACCCUCCUGGCCAAGAGCUGUUCCGUGUGCGCUUCAGGCAGUUAUGCUACCAGGAGACACUAGGACCCCGAGAAGCUCUGAUCCAACUCCGGGCCCUUUGCCAUCAGUGGCUGAGGCCAGAUCUGAACACCAAGGAGCAGAUCCUGGAGCUGCUGGUGCUGGAACAGUUCUUGACCAUCCUGCCUAAGGAGCUUCAGACUCUGGUUAAGGAACAUCAGCUAGAGAGCGGAGAGGAGGUGGUGACCCUUUUGGAAGAUUUGGAAAGGCAAAUUGAUAUACUAGGACGACCAGUCCCAGCUUGUGCACGUGGACAUAGGGUGCUCUGGGAGGAGUCUGCACCAGAGCCUCCAAGUACUCAGCUCCAACCUGCGGCAACCCAGCACAAAUCUCCAAUCCGCCAAGGGCUACAAGAGAGAGCCAUGUCUGCUUCUCAGAGUCCUACCCCUUCCCAGAAAGGAAACUCUGGAGACCAGGAGAUGGCAGCUGCACUUCUCACAGCAGGGUUCCAGACUUUGGAGAAGAUCGAAGACAUGGCUGUGUCCCUUAUCCGAGAGGAGUGGCUUCUUGAUCCAUCACAGAGGAAUCUGUGUAGAGAUAACAAGACAGAGAACUACAGAAACAUGUUCUCCCUGGGUGGUGAGACCAGGAAUGAGAACAGGGAAUUAGCUUCGAAACAGGUAAUAUCUGCUGGAACCCAGCCACAUGGAGAGACAGCUGCCAAAUGCAACGGGGAUGUUAUCGGGGGUCUUGAGCAUGGAGAAGCCCGAGACCUACCGGGCAGAUUAGAAAGGCAGCGGGGAAAUCCCACACAAGAGAGACGACACAAAUGUGAUGAAUGUGGGAAGAGCUUUGCUCAGAGCUCAGGCCUUGUUCGACACUGGAGAAUCCACACUGGGGAGAAACCCUAUCAGUGUAAUGUGUGUGGUAAAGCCUUCAGUUACAGGUCAGCCCUUCUUUCCCAUCAGGAUAUCCACAACAAAGUAAAACGCUAUCACUGUAAAGAGUGUGGCAAAGCCUUCAGUCAGAACACAGGCUUGAUCCUGCACCAGAGAAUCCAUACUGGGGAGAAGCCAUAUCAGUGCAAUCAGUGUGGGAAGGCAUUCAGCCAGAGUGCAGGCCUUAUUCUGCACCAGAGAAUUCACAGUGGGGAGAGACCCUAUGAAUGUAAUGAGUGUGGGAAAGCUUUCAGUCAUAGCUCACACCUCAUUGGACAUCAGAGAAUCCACACUGGGGAGAAGCCCUAUGAGUGUGAUGAGUGUGGGAAAACCUUCAGGCGGAGCUCACAUCUUAUUGGCCAUCAGAGAAGCCACACUGGGGAGAAACCCUACAAGUGCAAUGAGUGUGGGAGGGCCUUCAGUCAGAAGUCAGGCCUUAUUGAACAUCAGAGAAUCCACACUGGAGAAAGACCCUAUAAAUGUAAAGAAUGUGGGAAAGCUUUCAAUGGGAACACUGGCCUUAUUCAACAUCUGAGAAUCCACACAGGGGAGAAGCCCUAUCAAUGUAAUGAGUGUGGGAAAGCCUUUAUUCAGAGGUCGAGUCUCAUUCGACAUCAGAGAAUCCACAGUGGAGAAAAAUCGUAUACAUGUAUUGAGUGCGGGAAGAAGUUUGCCCAGAGCUCAGGCCUCAUUCGACAUCGGAGAAUCCAUACUGGAGAGAAACCUUAUGAGUGUGAUCACUGUGGAAAAGCCUUCAGCGUGCGCUCAACCCUCACUGUGCAUGAAAGAAUCCACACUGGUGAGAAGCCCUAUACUUGUAAUGAGUGUAGGAAGGCCUUCAGUGUGAGGGCACACCUGAUUAUACAUCAGAGGAUCCACAAUGGAGAGAAACCCUAUGAAUGUAAUGAGUGUGGCAAAGCUUUUAGUGUAAGCUCAGACCUUAUCAAACAUCAGAGAAUCCACACUGGUGAGAAACCUUAUGAUUGUGAGGAGUGUGGGAAAGCCUUCAGCGUGAGCUCAGCCCUCAUCAAACAUCAGAGAAUCCACACGGGAGAGAAGCCAUAUGAAUGUAAGGAGUGUGGAAAGGCCUUCUAUGUGAACUCAGCCCUUAUUAAUCACCAGAGAAUUCACUCAGGAGAAAAGCCCUAUGAGUGUGGACAGUGUGGGAAAGCAUUCAGCCAGAUCUCAACCCUUAUUCACCACCAGAGAAUCCAUACUGGAGAGAAACCAUAUGAGUGUGAUGAGUGUGGGAAAGCUUUCCGUGGCAGCUCUAAUCUUACUAAACAUCAGAGGAUACAUGCCAAAGGAAAAUGUCAUCAGUGAUUAAUGUAGUGAAGAUAAUGCCAAAGACCUUUUUUCUGUAUGAGAAGUUACCACAAAAAGAAGGGCAUGAUAAAAGUUAAUGCCUUAAUUGACACUUGGUCUCUUGGAAUAAUGAAGAAGUGAGAGGUCACUAAAAAGGGAUUCCAUUAGCGUAAUGACUGGAUGAAGCUCUAAAAUCACAUCUGCUUCUGAGAAUGGUAGUUUUACAACCGUGAGGAUGGAGAUUUAAAGACAGAAUCUUCUGGAUGACGAUAACCCACUGAAGUGAUGCUAUAUCCCGUUCUAAACCAGCAUGGCUGUGAAUCCCAAGCAGUGAAUGGUGGUCUGGCCUCCAGUACCAUGAUAAAAAGAAGUAGUGAUACCUGGAUCCUUGUCUGGAAGACAUGCUGUUAACCUCGGCUGUAGGUUGCCCUGUCCAGGCACCCAUCUUCAGAUCAACCUCUUCCUCUACUCCCAACGUUUUCAAAACUUGGAGAUCCCAGUGUAUGCUGAUCAUUCACUCCUUGGGCUACACAUUCAGUAGAGGAGAUGUAUUUCCUGGGGGGCUGCCAGUUCCUUUGGCUCAAAAACAAAUCAUUUUUCCAUUUUUUACUCUCAGACUCUGCCCUUCUAAUGGAUCUGGUAUUGAUGAUAUAGUUUUAACCACCUAGUUUUGCGAUGUGCAUUAAUGGAGUGUUUCAGGCCCUCUCUCAGUUUAGCUGCUUUGCCUCUAUUUCCAGUGCAAAAUAGUUCUGCCCAUUUUGUCUUUGUGUUGUAUCCUCAGCCUAUACUACUAUAUUCUUUAUAGCAAUCCCAGGAUACUUUUCCAUAUAGCUUUAAUUCAGUGUAAGCUCUUUCAGAAUUCAGAGGCUCAGCUGGCACUCUGUUUAAUGUGUGCUUAUUGUUAUGUGAUUCUUGAAACAGAUUAUUCAGUUUAAGGUAUAUCUUAAACAUAAAAUUUAUUCUUUAUUAAGAUUUAUUAUAAAACCAGUUGCUGUUGAGUUGGCUCUGAAUUGUGGCAGCCCCUGUGUAUCAGAGUAGAACUAUGCUCCACAGGGAUUUCAAUUGCUGAUUUUUGGAAGUAGAUCACCAGGCCUUUCUUCUGAGGCACCGAUGAGUGGACCCAAACUUCCAACACUUCAAUUAGCAGCUGAGUUUGUUAACCAUUUCCACCAUCCAUACCCACUUCCAAAAAGGAUUUAGGGAUCACUCACCUUUUAGAAAAUGAAAGUGGGACAAUUUGAAAUAAAAAUGGACUCUGGUUACAUCUGCUUUUUUUCAGAUUGUAUGUAAGUUUCCUAGGGCUGCCGUAACAAAUUACCACAAACUCAAAGAUUUAAAACAAACUUAUUUUCUAACAGUUUUGGAGGCCAGAAGUCCCAAGUCAAGGACUUGGCAAGGCCACGCUCCUUGUAAAGGCUUUGGGGGAAAAUCCUUCUUUGCCUCUUCCAGCUUCUAGUGGCUCCAAUAGUUCCUUAGGUUGUGUCUGUAUAACUCUAAGGGCUGCCUCCAUCUACACAAGAAGUCUUCUUUUCUGCCUGUAUUCUCCCCUCCAGGCUCUUAUAACGACACUUGUCAUUGGAUUUAGGGCCUACCCAGAUAAUUGAGGAUUAUUUCAUUUUGAGAUCCUUAAUUACAUCUGCAAAGACCUGUUCUCCAAAUAAGAUCACAUUCGUAGGUUCCAGGGGUUAAGACAUGGAUGUAUCAUUUUGGGGGCCAUCAUUCAACCCACUACAGGUGGUAGUUUCUCUCCUCUCAGAGAUAAAUCAAUUAAUGCAGUUGAGCACUAAAGUUUAUUCGAAGUUUUCUGGCAGUCAAGACAAAAUGGCAAGUAUGUUGGCUUAUAUUGUUUUUCAUAUGUCUAACAAAAGAAAGCAAUUAUAUUUGACCACAGAAAUAAACAUAAAUCAUGAGCAUGCAGUUUUUUGAGUUUAAGUGAACACACCUAGGUAACCCACACUUAGAUUAAGACACAGAAUAUUCCCAGCAUUGCAGAGCUCCCCCCUUCUGCUUUUACUGCAUUUCAUUUCUUCCCCGAGAAUAACCCUUAUCCUGACCUCUAACACUGUGGAUGAGUUCUGCCUGUUUUUGAACUAUGUAUAAAACCAAAAUGAAACCCCUUGUCAUCAAGCCAACUCUGACUCAUAGCGGCCCUAUAGGACAGAGUAGAACUGCCCCAUAGGGUUUCUAAGGAGUGCCUGGUGGAUUUGAACUGCCGACCUUUUAGUUAGCAGCUACAGCUUUUAACCAUUAUGCUACCAGGGUUUCCUUGAACUGUAUAUACCACGUACUUUUCUUGUGUCUGGCUUAUUUCUUGCAACGUUAUGUUUGUGAGAUUGAUUCAUGCUGUUUUGUAUAGCUUUAGUUUGGAAUCCCUGAUAGCAUAGUGGUUAAGAGCUAUGGCUGCUAACCAAAAGGUCGGCAGUUCGAAUCCUCUAGGUGCUCUUCGGAAACCCUAUGGGGCAGUUCUGCUCUGUCCUAUAGGGUUACUAUGAGUCAGAAUUGACUCAACGGCAGUGGGUUUGGUUUUUUUUAGUUGAUUCAUCCUCACAUGAAAUUUUUAGCUCAGUGAAGCAUGUCUUCAUGUGGCCAAGACAGUAUGUUCAAGGUUUUGUUUUAUAUAAUAAUCUUGGUUAAUUUAAAGAGUUGGAACAUCUAAAUGGAUGAAAAGUUUUGUGAAUAGAGAGAAAAUGAAGUUGCUUCCCUCAAACGUUAGAUGCCUUAAGUAAGCAUUAGGCAGGUGUUGCCUUGAGAUUUAUAACUGACUUCCCUGACAAGGACCUGUGAUCAGAUAUUCUGUGUAGCCAUAUUGGAUCCUUUUUGUGAGGAGUUAGGGGAUGGAUAGAUGAAUGAACAGAUAGCUGUAUUCUUGUUCAUACAUAAGGCUUCCAGCAUGGGCAUGAACAGUAAGGGAAUUUAUAAGUAAAGCUAAUCUAUUCCUCAGGAAAAAAAAACUUUGGAUCUUCUCAAUCACAAUUUGAGCAUUUAGUUGGGAUUCCAAAGUCUUUUAAUCAAAAAGCAGGAAAGAGACCACUUUAGCCUGAAAGAUGUUUAGAACAAGUCUUACUUGGUGACAACCCAGUUCCCUUAAAAGUAAAAAGUCUUAGGUUGAGCCCUGUUGAUGUCUGAACCUAAACAAGCAGACAUCCAUUUUUGUAACUACUUGAAAUUUUUCCCUUCUCUGACCUAUCAUAGUAUAUUAUUUCCAUCUUUCUUGGGAUACUUACCUUAUGUUUUGCUUUGUGUUUGUCUCAUGUCCUGCUCAGUUGAUUAUGAAUUCUUCGAUUCCAGGGAUUAUGUCUAUUUCCUUUGUGCAUUCAUUUUCUGCAGUCUGUAGUGCAGAGAGAUGGCUAAAGAUUGUAAAAAUUAGCUUGGGCUAGUUAUGACUAACUAGUAUUUCCUUCUCUUGUACACGGGAUUGCUAUGAGUCAGAACUGACUCAAUGGCACCUAACAACAGCUUUUUGUCACAGAACCCCCAAAUCUCAGUGCCUAUAGUAACAAAUAUUCUAGUUUAUGUUGUAUGUCAGCUGUGAUUCAGUUGCAGCUCUCCAACACUUUUUCUUCACUCUAAGUUCCAUGCUAGAGGAGUAGCCCUACCUUGAAUAUACAGCUCUUUUGGUAAAGGAAAAAGAGCAAUGGUAGACCCACAUGAUGGCAUUUAAGGUAUUUGGGUUUAUCUACUUGGGAGAAGCAUAUGUCAUUUGCACUUAAUUUCAUUUGCGAAAGCAAGUCAAGUAACCAAGACUGUCGGUGGCUUGAGAAAAAUAACCCUUACGAAAAGGGCAGUGACUUAGAAGAGAAUGGGAAAAAAAGCCCAAAGAACACAGAAGACAAUACUAAAGAGCAAAAAUUAAUUGAAAAACAAAUAUUUAUACUUACUUAAAGGAGCACUGGUGGCACAGUGAUUAAGCAUUCAACUGCUAACCAAAAGGUCAGUAGUUCAAACCUGCCAGUGACUCCACAGGAGAAAAGACCUGGCAGUCUGCUCCCAUAAAGAUUACAGCCUAGGAAACCAUAUGGGGUAGUUCUACUCUGUCAUGUAGGGUUGCGAUGAAUUGAAAUCAACUUGUUGGCACACAACAACAGCAUGCAUACUUAGAAGUUAUAUAUAUAAAGAGCUGUAUUUUAGAUAGGUUUUCUCUGUAGGCUACUCUCAUAUGUUACAUUUGAAUCACCCUUUCUGCUUCUGGUGAAAAGGUGGUAAUCAGCCUGUUUCAGAUGGUGACUCCUGGUAUCAAACAAGGAGUCUAUUUCAAAGCAGAGUUUUUCAGAAGUCAAGCACAGAAGGCGGUGCCCAGUAGACUAAAUGGUACAUUCUUCAGGGGUUCCAUACUGAGGCCAAUGGAUUUCUUAGCAAAUUGCUAAGUGAGGGGUGGUGGGGGAGGCCCUUUGAAGAAGCUCAGUCUACACUGCAUGAAGGCAGGAGAAUAUCACUGAUAAAGUGACCUGAGGCACCUAGGAGAAUUCAUCUGGAAGAUCAGUCCUGUCAGUACUCUGGGAGUAGAAAAAUCUCCUUUAAGCUUGCACAUGAUUUUAGCUUCAGCAACUCAAAUAAAGAAGCAGCCUCUCAAUGUAAAGAAAGUGGAAAAGUCAUUGGUCAGAAGGUACCUUUCACUAAUAAAAUAAACCCUGGCAGAUCAGCAGCCCUGACUAUAUACCACCAUGUUCAUAUUGGAGGAAAGCCCUAUGAGUAUCCUCAGCUUGGAUAAGCCUUCAGUGUAAACCCAAGUCCCAUUAAAAAAAAAGAAGACAUGGAGAGGACCUCCAUGAGAGUAAAGAAAGUAGUAAAACCUUUGUAUACUGGAAUGAUUUGUCAAACAGAGAAUCCAUACUGGGGAGAAACCGUAUAAAUAUAAUAAGUGUAAGAAGGCCUUUAGUGUCAGUUCAGAUCUGAUCAAGCGUGAAUUCUCCCUUGAUAAAAGGUGUAUAUGGUGAGUAUAUGACUUCAGUCAGCUGUGAACCCUUAUUAAACAUCAUAAAAUCCACACUGGAGAGAACCCUUGUGGAUAUCUUCAGUGUGGGAGGCCUUCUGCAUUAGGUCAAGUCUCAUUAAAUACAAGCAAAAUCAUUUUGGACAGGAGUCAUGAGUGUGUCAAAGCCUUGAAAUGCUGUGACAGCCUUGUCAAACAUGAGAGAAAAACCUUAUGAGUAUGAAGAAUGUGGUGAGAAGUUCAUUGUGGUUCAGCUUUCAUCGUCCACCAGAGACUCCACACUGGAGAGCACCAUUAUCAAUGUAAGUGUGGAAAGGCCUUCAUUUGGAAACCAGGAGUUAUUAAUCACCAGAAAACCCAUACUUGAGAGAAAACUCAUAAUGCUAAAAAAAAAAAGGAAAUGUGAUGGGCUGUGUGACCUUGUGAUAAUGCUGAGCAACAGACCAUAUUUGCCUUGUUGACCUUUGUGUGUCUAUCACAGAGAAGGUCCUCAAAAUGUUGAAUGACUGCUGUGAGGGCUCUAUUUAUGGAUUGUCAGCAAUUGACUCAGAAAAGAAGCCUCUAAUGGUUUGUUGUAGGAUUUUGCCCUCAUCCCAGACCUGGUCAUCUAAUGACCUCUGGUACUCAUUGUUUGAUUAUGAACUCAGUUCAUGGUGCUUCAUAAUCAUUGGUCAAUGUGGCCUUACUUCCAUUUUUAUGUGUUUUUUCUUUCUCUUCCUUGCCUAUAUCCCAAUCCCAUUCCUACCAUAUCCUCUCCCACCACCUUCUAAAUACUUACAAAACUGGUGGCGUGUUAUGUCUCAUUCUAUGCAAUUCUGCUUUUUAAGAUUAUCUGUUAAUAUAUGCAGAUCUGAUGGUGCAGUGGUUAACAGCUUGGCUGCUAACCAGAAGGUUGGCAGUUCGAAUCCACCAGCCGUUCCUUGGAAACCCUGUGGGGUAGUUCUACUCUGUCCUACAGGGUCACCAUGAGUUGGAAUCGACUCCAUGGCAAUGGUUUUUUUUCUUGUUGUUUGUUUUUAUAUGCAGAUCUGGUUCACUCCUUUAACUUUUGUAGAGUGCUUAAUCAUUUAUUCUUCUAAUGAAGGCCAUUUAGACUUUUAACCAAUUUUUAUUAUAAACAAUGUUGCUCUAAACUGAGAAAACAUCAUUGAAAGAAACUAAAGACAUCUAAUGUUUAUGGAUUUGGAAGAUUUAAUAUUGAUAAGAUGGCAGCGCUCCCAAAUUUAUGUACAGGUUCAAAGCAAUUCCUACCAAAACCCCAGCUGCCUUUUUUUUAACAUAUGAAAAUUCAAAGGACCUAGAAUAGUCAAAACAAUCUUGGAAAAAAAGAGAUUUGGAGGACUUACACUUCCUGAUUUAAAAAUUUACGACAAAGCUACAGUAAUCACUGUGUAGUAGUGGCAUAAGGAUGGAUAUAUCGAUCAAUGCAAUAGAAUUAAGAGUCCAGAAAUAAACUUAUGCAUUUAUGGUCAGUUGUUUGAUGACAAUUCCAUGGGAAAAGAAUGUUGUUUUCAAACAAUAAUGCCGGCUCACAGCUAACAUCAUGUUCAAUGGAGAAAGACUGAGAGCUUUCCCAUGAAGAUCAGGAACAAGACAGGGAAGCCCAUUCUCACCACUGCUAUUCAACAUCAUUCCGGAAGUCCUAGCCAGAGCAAUUAGGUUAGAAAAAUAAAUAAAAGGCAUACAGAUGGGAAAAGAAGUAGAACUAUCCCUUUUUGCAUUAACAUUGUAUACAUAGAAAACCCCAAAGAAUCCACAACAAAGCUAUUACAACUAAUAAUGAAUUCAGUAAAUUGGCAGAAUACAACAUACAAAAAUCAGUCAGGUUUCUAUAUAUCAAUAAGCAAGUGGAAAACAAAAUUAAGGAAAUUUUACCGUUUACAAUAGCAUCUAAAAAAAUAAUAAAAUACUUAGGAAGAAAUUUAACUGGGAAGGUGAAAGAUUUGUACAUACACACAGAAAACCAAACCUGUUGCCACUGAGUCGAUUCUGACUCAUAGCAACCCUAUAGGACAGAGUAGAACUGCCCCAUAGGGUUUCCAAGGAGUGCCUGGUGAAUUUGAACUGCCAACCUUUUGUAGCAGCUGAACUCUUAAUGACUACACCACCAGGGCUCCAAAAGAAAUUAAAGAAGACCUAAAUAAAUGGAAGGACACUCCGUGUUUGUGCAUUGGAAGGCUUAAUAUAGUUAAGAUGUCAGUACUACCCAAAGCAAUCCUUAUCAAACUUCCAACAGCCUUCUUUGCAGAAAUGGAAAAGACAAUCUUCAAAUUUAUAUGGACGGACAGGGUACCCAAAAUAGCUUAAAGCAGCUUUGAAGAAGACUAAAGUAGGAGGACUCACUCUUCCUGAUUUCAAAACAUACUGUAAGGCCACAGUAAUUAAAAUUGCCUGGUACUGGGAUAAUAAUAGACAUAUAGACCAGUGGAAUAGAAUUGAAAGUCCAGAAAUAAAUCCAUACAUCUGUGGUCAACUGACUUUUGACAAGGGUGCCAAGUUCAUUCAAUGGGGGAAGGAAGAGUCUCUUCAAUAAAUGGUGCUGGGAAAAAUGGAUUUCCACAUGCAGAAGAAUGAAUCAGGAUCCAUGCUUCACACCACACACAAAAACGAAUUCAAAAUAGAUCAAGGAUCUAAAUGUGAAAAUGAAAACUAUAAAAUUCUUAGAAGAACAUACAGGGGCAUAGUUAUGGGGCCUAGUUUUUAAUGAUGGACCAUCAUAUGACAAAAAACAUGAGCAGCAAGAGGCAAAAUAGAUAAAUGGGACCUCAUAAAAAUUAAAUAACAUUUGUUCAUCAAAAAGAUUUAUCGAGAAAUUGACGGUUCCACAAUAAUAGUAGGAGACUUCAACACAACACUCUUGGUAGAGGACGGAACAUCUAGAAAGAAACUCAGCAAUGAUACAGAAGAUCUAAAGGCCACAAUCAGCCAACUUGAACUCAUAGACAUGUCUGGAGCACUCCACCCAACAGCUGCAAAGUACACAUUCUUUUCCAACACACAUGGAAUGUUCUCCAGAAUAGACCACAUCUUAGGCCACAGAGCAACUCUCAACAAAAUUCAAAACACUGAGAUAGUACAACAAAAUCAACAAACCACUGGCCAAGUUGACCAAAAAAAAAAAGAUGCAAAUAACCCAGAUAAAUGGGGGACAUUACAACAGACUCAACUGAAAUAAAAAGGAUCAUAACAGAGUAUUAUGAAAAACUAUACUCCAAUAAAUUUAAAAACCUUGAGGAAAUGGACAAAUUUCUAGAAACACACUACCUACCCAAACUAACAAUGAUGUUGAAAAUCUGAACAGACCCAUAACCAGAAGAGACUGAAAAGGUAAUUAAAAAAAAAAACUCCCCACACACACAAAAAAAAAACCACUGGCCCAGAUGCCUUCGCUGGAGAAUUCUACCACACAUUCAGAGAAGAGCUUACAUCAGUACUACUAAAACUAUUUCAGAACACAGAAAAGGAAAGGAUACUUCUGAAUUCAUUCUAUAAAGCCAGCAUAACCCUGAUAUCAAAACCAGGCAAAGACACCAAAAAAAAACAAAAUUACAGACCAGUAUCUCUCAUGAAUAUACAUGCAAACAUUCUGAAUAAAGUUUUAGCCAAUAGAAUUUAGCAUUAUAUCAAAAAAUAGUAAUACAGCACAACCAAGUAGGGUUCAUACCAGGUAUGCAAGGAUGGUUCAACAUUAGAAAAUCAACAUAAUCCACCACAUAAGUAAAAUAAUCACAUGAUCAUCUCAAUCGAUGCAGAAAAGGCAUUUAACAAAGCCCAACACCCACACCUAAUAAAAACUCUCAAUAAAAUAGGUAUGGAAGGGAAAUUCCCCAACAUAAUAAAGAGCAUCUGUUAUGGAUUGAAUUGUGUCUCCCAAAAAUCUCUCUCAACUUGGCUAGGUCAUGAUUCUCUUGUAUGAUUGUCUACCAUUUUAUCUUCUUAUGUGACUUCCCUUUGUGUUGUAAAUUCUAUCACUAUGAUAUAAUAAGAUGGGUUAGUGGCAGUUAUAUUGAUGAGGUCUACAAGAUGAGGUGGUAUCUUAAGCCAAUCUCUUUUGAGAUAUUAAAGACAGAAGUAAGCAGAGAGACUUGGGAACCUCAUACCACCAAGAAAGCAGCGCCGGGAUUGGACCUAAGAUUCCUGCACUGAGAUGCUCCCAGACCAAGGGAAGACUGAUGACAAGGACCCUCCUCCAGAGCAAACAGAGAGAAAGCCUUGCCCAGGAGGUGGUACCAUGAAUUCAAACAUCUAGCCUACUGGACUAUGAAAGAAUAAACUUCUCUUUGUUAAAGCCGUCUACUUGUGGUAUUUCUGUUAUAGCAGCACUAGAUGACUAAGACAGAAUUUAUACAAAAAAAAAAGGCUAUAUCAGUCCCAAGUCUAUGAUCCCCAGGUGCCUUGCUAACUCAGAACUGAAGCCACUCCCUAAGUCCACCUUUCAGCCGAAGAUUAGAGGGCGUAUAGAACAAUAGCACACUUGAGGACUGUGCUAAGUUCAGUCAAGUAUAUGAGACCAAAUGGGCAACACCUUCCCAAAAGCAAAGAGGAGAAAGCAGGAAGGGACAGGAAACCUGGAAAAAUGGACACAGGGAACCCGGGGUGUAAAGGGAAAGGGGUAGAGUGCUGACAUUGUGGAGAUUGCAACCAAUGUCACAAAAUAAUUUGUGUAUGAAUUUUUGAAUGAGAAACUAAUUUGUGCUGUAAACUUUGAUCUAAAACACAAUAAAAUUUAAAGCCUUUUUUUAAAGGCUUUAUCAAAAAAGUAAAAAGACAACCUACAGAUUAGAAGAAAAUUUGGGGGAAUCAUAUAUCCAAUAAGGGUCUAAUAUAAAAAAACUUCUACAACUUAACAACAAAACAAACAACCCAAUCAAAAAAUGGGCAGAGAACUUAAAGAGACGUUUUACCAAAGAGGAUAUUCGGAUGGUCAACAAGCACAUGAAAAGAUGCUUAGCAAUAUUAGCCAUUAGGGAGAUGCAAAUCAGAAUCACGGUGAGAUACCAAACAUAUCCAUUAGAAUGGCAAUGGUAAAAAAACUGAAAAUAAUAGAUGUCGGCACUGUUGUGGAGAAACCAUACGUUCAUCAAUUGCUGGUGGCAAUGUAAAAUGGUGCAGCCACUAUGGAAAUCAGUUUGGCAGUUCCAGAAGUUGAACAGAACUACCAUAUGACCUAGCAGCCUCAAUUCUAGGUAUAGACCCAGAAGUGAAAGCAAGAACAUAAACAGAAACGUAUACUCCAAUGUUCAUUGCAGCACUCUUCACAAUAGCCAAAAUGUGGGAAACAACCAAAAUGUCCACCAACAGAUGAAUGGAUAAACAAAAUGUGGCGUAUACAUACAGUGGAGUAUUACUCAGCCAUAAAGAGAAAUGAAGCCCCAAUGCAUGCCACAAUAUGGAUGAACCUUGCCAACAUUAUGCUUAGCAAAAUGAAUCAGUCACAAAAGGGCAAAUACUAUAUGAUCUCACUUAUAAGAAAUAAGCAAAUAUGUAGAAACCACCAAGCAUCAGUCAAUUUGUCAUACUGUGGUGGCUUGCAUGUUGCUGUGAUAUGGAAGAUAUGCCACCAGUAUUUCAAAUACCAGCAGGGUCACUGUCUUGGUCAUCUAGUGCUGCUAUAACAGAAAUAGCACAAGUGGAUGGCUUUAACAAAGAGAAAUUUAUUUCUUUACGGUAAAGUAGGCUAAAAGUCCAAAUUCAGGGCAUCAGCUGCAGAGGAAGGCUUUCUCUCUCUGUUGGCCUUCUCAUCAAUCUUACCCCAGACUAGGAGCUUCUCCAUGCAGGGACUCCGGGUCCAAAGUAUGCACUUGCUCCCAAAGGAUGCGCUCUGCUCCCAAAGGAUGCACUCUGUUCCUGGCACUGCUUUCUUGGUGGUAUGAGGUCCCCACUCUCUGCUAGUUUCCCUUUCCUUUAAUCUCUUGAGAGAUAAAAGGUAGUACAGGCCACACCCCAGGGAAGCUCCCUUUACAUUGCAUCAGGGAUGUGACCUGGUAAGGGUGUUACAGUCCCACCCUAAUGUUCUUUAACAUAAAAUUACAAUCACGCAAUGGAGGACAACCACAGAAUACUGGGAAUCACGGCCUAACCAAGUUAAUAUGCACAUUUUUGGGAGGACAUGAGUCAAUCCAUGACAGUCACCCGUGGUAGACAGAUUUCAGCAGAGCUUCCACCGUAAGACAGAGUAAGAAGAAGGACCUUGCAGCCUGCUUCUGAAAAACUUGGCCAGUGAAAAGCUUAUGAAUAGCAACGGAACAUUGUCUAAUAUAGUGCUGGAAGAUGAGCCCUUAAGUUGGAAGGCACUUGAAAUAAGACUGGGGAAGACCUGCCCCCUCAAAGUAGAGUCAACCUUAAUGACAUGGAUGGAAUAAUUAGCUUUUGGGACCUUCAUUUGCUGAUAUGGAUGACCCAAAAAGAGAAGAAACAGCUGCAAACAUCCAUUAGAAAUUGGACCGUGGAAUGUACAAAGUAUGAAUCUAGGAAAAUCGAAAGUUGUCAAAAAUGAAAUGGAACACAAAGGUCAAUAUUCUAGGCAUUAGUGAACUGAAAUGGACUGGUAUUGGCCAUUUUGACUCAGACAGUCAUAUGGUGUACUAUGCCAGGAUUAACAAAUUGAAGAGAAAUGGUUUCGGCUUUGUUGUCAAAAAGGAUAUUUCAAGAUCUGAAGUACAAUGCUGUCAGUGAUAGGAUACUAUCCAUACUGCUACAAAGAAAACUGUUUGAUAUGACUAUUAAUUGCUUGUAAUAAAUUUUUUACAAUAUAAAAAAUUCUACAACUUUAACAAAUUUAAAAGGAUAGAAAUACAAAGUAUGCUCUCAGAUCACAAUUGAAUUAAACCAAAAAUCAUCAACAGAAAGAUACUUGGAAAAUCUCAAUAAUAUUUGGAGAUUAAACAACAUACUUUUAAAUCAAACAAUAUCAUGAAUAUUACACGCAAGCAAAAUUUUGCUGAAGAUCAUUCAAAAACGGCUACA